UGAAAUAAUCAACAUCUCCGAUUGGGCGAAUCACAGGUUUACAAUGUCAAUAUGCCAAUCACGGCCUCAAAGGCUCUUUAUGCAGGCGAGAAAUCCCCAUUGAAAUUAGUGACGUUUCUGUCAAGGUGACCGGAGCGAAGGCGGGGUCUGUGCGCCACGUUACCUCACACGCAGUCGGGGACACGCGAGCAGCAACACGCCGUGAGACCACGCUCGGGACUUCUACCUACACUUCUACCUACACUUCUGACAACUCAAGACUUUUUUUUAUCUCUCAGACCGUCGCCAUGUGGAAGUUUGGACUGCUCGUGGCCUGUGUAUUCCUUUUGGACCAAUCUGUGGCCAGACCGAGUGUUGGUGGCCAGCACCAAGACGAGCCCGUCAUGGAAUACGAGGCAAUCGAAAGACUGAAGAAAGUUUUCGGACUACCCGAGAGACCGCCGGCGCCGAAGCGACAUUUCAGGCCGCCGCAGUACAUGCUGGAUCUGUACAACACCAUUUCAGACCCGGACGGGAUCGUGCGAUUUCCCAACCCGCUCUCUGCGAACGUCGUCCGGAGUUUUCCCGACAAAGACGUGCUGCACAGAAGUUUCUUCUUCUUCAACGUUUCUUCCGUGUCGACGACGGAAAACGUCCUGGACGCCGAACUGCACCUCUUCAAGGUCAGGCCAAGAUUCACGUCCAAGUUCAUGAUGAGGAGGCAACAUUUCUACGAGGUGCGCGUGUACCAGAUCAUGGCGCCGCAGCUCGCCUGGCAGGUCGAGGGAAACCGCCUGGUGUCGUCCCGCCUGAUCGGGCUGCACGGCUCCGGCUGGGAGGUCUUCAACAUCAAGCCGGCGGUACGGGACUGGGUCGCCGACAAGAACGCCAACUUUGGCCUGCUGGUCACGAUAGCAUCCUUAACCGGGAGCAGCCUCGACCAGAAUGUCAUCAGAUUCGCCAAAAGGAAGGAGCACCACAGAAGUAAGGAGCCCAUCCUGGUUCUGUUCAGUGAUGACGGCAGAUCAAGAUCAGCAUCCGCGGCAACCUAUGAAAGUGCGCCGACUAACGGUAAAGACUACGAUUACUACGAUAGCGCGUCGACAAACCAGGAAAUCUUAAACAACUACUACGACCCGAGCCCCGAGACACAGCAGCAGUGGCGGAACGAAAGGACGAACACUGUGGAGAAAUCAGCGAACAGGAAAAACAGAACAAGAGUGGAGAGGUCGGCACAGCGGCAUCCAACGAACAGACAAUUCGAGCCGUGCACUAGACGCAACUUGUACGUGGACUUCGACGCCAUUGGCUGGUCAGGUUGGAUCAUCUCCCCUAAGGGCUACAACGCCUACCACUGCAAGGGCAAGUGUCCGUUCCCGCUGGGUCAGUCUCAGAAACCCACCAACCACGCCACGGUCCAGUCCAUCAUGAACGCGCUAAGGUUACAAGAAGACGUGGGCCAGCCAUGCUGCGUACCCAACAAACUCUACUCCAUCAACCUUCUCUACUUCGACGACGAAGAAAACGUUAUAUUGAAACAGUACGACGACAUGGUAGCAGCAAACUGCGGGUGCCACUAGUACAGAAUCGUCACCAGAUACAGACUUUGUAAAAA